AUUUCCGAAGCGGAAACCGUGUGCAUGCAAGAAAUACAGCUCUAGGCAGGGUUGGAGGGUCGCCAAGAUUCUUUAUAUAAACACGCUUCGCUUCUCUUCUCUUCUUCCACACCCCUGAUUCUCCUCUUCCGAUCGCGUUUCAAAACCCUACGGAUUCAUCUCCCAAAGGGUUUUGCGAUCGUUCUUUUGUUCUCCCUGAUCAUCGAGUUUUGGAAAUUUACAUCUUGUUCAGUAGUCAGAGGCCUCUACCCUGCUUUACAAGGUGCAAUGGCUUCCAAACGUAUUGCCAAGGAGUUAAGAGAUCUGCAAAAGGACCCUCCAGUUUCUUGCAGUGCUGGUCCUGUUGGUCAAGACAUGUUUCACUGGCAAGCAACAAUUAUGGGUCCAGCAGACAGUCCUUAUUCUGGGGGUAUAUUUUCAGUGAACAUUCACUUUCCACCAGAUUAUCCCUUUAAGCCACCUAAGGUUUCGUUUAAAACCAAAGUGUAUCACCCGAACAUCAACAACAAUGGAAGUAUCUGCCUUGACAUUUUGAAAGAGCAAUGGAGCCCUGCUCUUACAGUUUCCAAGGUGUUGUUGUCCAUAUGCUCACUUCUUACAGACCCGAAUCCAGACGAUCCUCUGGUGCCUGAGAUAGCUCACAUGUACAAAACCGACAGAGCCAAGUACGAGCAUAACGCCCGAACUUGGACCCAGAAAUAUGCGAUGGGCUAAACUAAACAAACGCACAGCUUCCAGGUUCUCAUCAUCCUUCUGUUUUCUGGAUAGACAGACACCUUUCUGGAUUUUGAAUGCAAAGGCUUUUAUAUAUAUUAUGCUGAAACUUAGUGAACAUUAACAUUGCAAUGCCUUUGUUUCAUAAUAUUUCCAUAUCAGCUUGCUUUUAUAUCUGAAACUCUCUCUUUUCAC